AUGUUGACCCCGAAGGAUCCAACACCCGUGCCGUGCCCGAAGGCCCCGACACUCGACCCACUGAAGGAUCCAAUGGAACCACUGAAAGUGGAACCGACCCACCCACUCGAGGUGAAUCCGGAAAUCGUCCCAAAGGUGUUGUCAAACACCCAAGGAGUUGUUGAUGAAGAAGUUGUGAAGCCAGGAGUCGGAAUCAUCGUUAUGUCCGACGACGUGUUGACGGGAGCGACGGGGGACACAGUGGAUGGGACGGUGGCAGCGGCGGUAGACGAGUCAGUCGACAUCUCCAAGCAAAGGCAAGGCUCUAAGAGUUUUAUACCUGGUCAUGCAUCCAAAUCAACUGAAGUGUCUGUUAAGAGGCGUAGGUGUCGGUCGUUUAGGUGUGAAUGUCUUGCUAAGCUCAACUUGAGAUAUUUUUCAGAUGGUAUUAGCAGCGGGUAUGAGGUUUAUCAGUUUGUUGAGUAUCAUAAUCACUUAAUGGUUGCGGAUGAGCAUAGGCAUUUUAUGACGGCCAAUCGCAGUCUGGAUCCUAUCCAUCGAAGUUUUAUGGAGGAUUGUGGCAGGUGUAAUAUUGGUCCCACUCAAACAUUCAAACUUUUGAAGGAGAUAAUGGGUGGACCUGAAAAUGUUGGAUAUGCUCAAAUGAUUUUUGAUUAUAUGCAUUCUCAAAAGGAAUUAUCUGAUGCCUUCAAUUAUGAAAUUGAGGUAGGAUCUCAUGGAAAGUAUUGCAUGAUUUUUGCUCCAUUCACUGGAAAAGAUAACCAUUCCAGAGCAGUUACAUUUGGAGCUGGAUUGUUAUCAAGUGAAGGCAGAGACUCAUAUUCUUGGUUGUUUGGCUGUUUUGUUCGAUGUAUGGGGGUUGCACCCAAAAUGAUUAUCACUGAUCAAGAUUGGGGGAUUAAACUUGCUGUUCAACAAGUACUUUUGCAAACAAGGCACCGAUGGUGCAUGUGGCAUAUUAUGGUUAAGGUGUCAGAUAAGUUGCCCAAAUCCUUGCUUGGUAGUGAAGAUUUCAAAAAAGAGUUUAAUGCAUGUGUUUGGUCUGAUUUGUUAGAGCCUGAUGAGUUUGAUAUAAUAUGGAAUGAUAUUAUGGAACGGUAUGGAUUAGAAGACGUCCAUUGGUUUGGAUCGAUGUUUGAAGAUAGAGAAUUCUGGGUUCCUGCUUAUUUUCGAGAUUUUCCCAUGGGGUCGCUUCUUAGGACUACAUUGAUGUCUGAAUCAGAGAAUAGCUUUUUUAAAAACUACACAAAGCCUCGUGCAAAUCUUGUACAGUUCAUGAAUUUCUUUAACUGUGUUGUUGGAGAUCAAAGGAAUGCCAAUUCACGAUUGAACUACUUGGAUUACUCAACUAUUCCUGAUUUGUCAACCCAAUUGCCUAUUGAGAAGCAUGCAUCUACAAUCUACACUGAUAAUAUUUUCAAACAUGUAACAGGAAAAUAA